AUGGCACCGACGGCCGCUGCUGUAAGACCUAAGCCAGAUGAAGACCCUACUGGUAUUAGAGCAGUAUUAUUGGGACCGCCAGGAUCAGGCAAAGGCACCCAAGCUCCUCGCUUGAAAGAAAAAUAUUGCGUAUGCCAUCUGUCUACGGGAGAUAUGCUCAGAGCAGAGGUUGGCUCUGGCUCGGAGCUGGGGCGUCGCCUUAAGAAAGUAAUGGAUGAAGGAAAACUAGUAUCAGAUGAUAUGGUGGUGGACAUGAUUGAUAAAAACUUGGACCAACCUGAGUGUAAGAAUGGAUUUUUGCUUGAUGGUUUCCCCAGAAGUGUUCCACAGGCUGAAAAGCUUGAUGGCCUGCUAGCUAAGAGGAAGUCCGCAUUAGAUGCAGUCAUUGAAUUUGGAAUAGAGGAUAGUUUAUUAGUGCGUAGAAUUACUGGCAGAUUGAUUCACCCAUCUAGCGGUCGGAGUUACCAUGAGGAGUUCCACCCUCCCAAAAAGUCAAUGACUGAUGAUAUAACUGGGGAACCCUUAGUUAAGAGGUCUGAUGACAAUGUAGAUGCUCUUAAGAAACGGUUAGCAACAUAUCAUCAACAAACAGUUCCUUUAGUAGACUACUACAUGAGGCAAGGCCUACAUCAUAGAGUGGAUGCAUCUAAGUCUGCUGAAGAUGUGUUCAGCAAAAUUGAUAACAUCUUUAAGACCCGUAUCUUUAGCAGAGCAAGAUCAUCAUUAUAA